AUGAAGGAGAUGGGGAUCAAGAAAGCAAGAGCUUUCGCAUUUCCUCUCACCUACAGCAACACGCAGAACCCGAGGGCUGCGGCGAGGCCGGUACCGGGGGACCAGAUCUCCCAGUUGGCCACCCCUGCUCUAAACACAGGAGUCGGAGCACCAAGGCUGUGGCUUUCCCGGGGAGAAACCGAAGUCCGGCCCCGGGGGGAGGAGGAGGAGGGAGAGCGGGAGGCUGUCGGGCCCGGCACCCAGGUACGGAGCGCGGAGGGGAAAGGGGAUUUCCUUGGCUUCCUCCCAUGCAAAUACCUCCCGCCGAGCGGCGGCGGCGGCGGCCCGACUCCCCUCCGCGGCCGCUGGGAGGCUCCGCGCCUCGCCCCGGCCUCCCCGGCGCCGCGUCCCCCGCUGACACCCGCCUCCCGCCCCCGCAGCGCCCCGCACCCGCGGACCCGCUCCGCACCGCACCGCACGGAGGGGCAACGGGCAGCUCGGGCAGCCGGCGGCGGCAACGGCGGCAACGGCGGCGGAGGCAGCGGCGAUAACCCACCGGCAACCACCCACCCCGGCGGGUCGGGGAUGGAAUAUACAAAAACACAAAGGAAAAGUGGCUGGACUGUUCUGGGUGCAAAAUGCUGGAAGUUUUGGCUGGAUUAACUGAAGGCGAAGCGUGGUCUGGAAGUCCCACGGACUGACAUUGUUCCGGACCGGGGGAUCCGUCUCUCGUAUUUUUAGAGGAACUACAAUUUAGCGGCAGACGGUCGGACACAGUAACAACCCGAAGAGCGGCCAGCAAAGAGCGGGCGAGAGGAACGAGAAAGCACAAAGACUAAACUAACCCGAGCCUUCUCCUCCUUCCCCGGCUCUUUAUU